AUUCCUGAUAAUUAGAGACUGGUAAGCAACAGUAGACGGAAAAUUAAAAAAUUAUAGAGAAAGUCACUUAAGGACGAGGUCCACGAGGGCGAAAGAAAGACGGAGCGGUAGAGAUAGACCAGACCACCUAUUCCCACGCUUCUUCUUCCUCCCGCUUCCUUCUUUGCUUCUUCUUCUUCUUCUUCUUCAGAGAAGAGAGAGAAUUCUCACAAUCUCUGUUGCCUUGUGCAGCCUCUGUUUUUCCUCUACGGUACGAGUUCUCACGCCAUUCUAAUUUUCAAAACCCACAUUGGCUUUUCUGUUUGCUCCUUUGCUUGGGUUGCAUUUUGGGUUCUCUCUCUUGCUGGAUUUGAUCGGAUUCGUUUCGAUUUUAUCUGGGUUUUGUUAUCUUGGUGCAUUUUGGGUUAUCAAUCGUUGUCGCAUCUUGCUGAGCUGAUUCUCCAUAUUUCUAGUCAAUGCAGAAUGCAUGAGCAUAAUGAGAUCUGUUUUUAUGGGUUAGCUCACAUCAUUCUCCAUAUUUCUGCGUUUUCACAUCAUUCUCUAUUACUGUGGUGGGCAUUGAUUGCUUAGUGGACUCUUUUCUGAUUCUCUUGGCUUAAUGUAGUUUGCCUUGGUUUUCAAAUUUCGGGGCGUUAAACAUCAUCAUGAUUCACAGACCAAGUUAUUGAUCCUUUGGGAUUUUUGCAAUGGCCGAAAGGAAUGCAUCAUCCCUUUUGAUUAUUACUCGGAAAUCUUUGUUCUGUUUAUUUACAUUUACAUCACUACUCUUCAUACUAUCUUGGGUCUUCCUGUUGCGUUCAAGCAGUCGCCCCCAAUUCAUAGACAAUACAUUGUUGCCUAAUUCUAAGCUUCUUGCUGUGAUUGACCAUGCGAUUUCUGCAACUGAGAGUCAAAAUGAUGUUGAACCCUCAGUUGGGAAUCGAUCCAUCCUUGUAAAUAAGGAAGAAGAAGAAAAAUCAUCAUCUUCCUCCCGACCUAGUCGUGGUGUAAAAUGUGACACCAAUGAAAAAGAAGUUCUCAAGGUAUUCAUGUAUGAUUUACCCCCUGAGUUUCAUUUUGGACUCUUAGAUUGGAAACCCCAAGGAGCUACUGUUUGGCCAGAUCUUCAAAGUAAAGUGCCGAGUUAUCCUGGUGGCUUGAAUUUGCAACACAGUAUAGAAUAUUGGUUAACAUUGGACCUCCUUGCUUCAGAACUUCCCAAUCCCCCAAAUGCACGUUUUGCAAUCAGAGUGCGCAAUGUCAGUGAAUCUGAUAUUAUAUUUGUACCAUUCUUUUCUUCCUUGAGCUAUAACCGAUUCUCCAAGAUAGACCUACACCAAAAGAAGAGCAAUAACAAGGCCCUUCAAGAUAUAUUGGUUAAGUAUUUGACAGCUCAAAAGGAAUGGAAGGCCUCAGGGGGAAGAGACCACUUAAUCGUGGCUCACCAUCCAAAUAGCCUUCUGGAUGCGAGGAUGAAGCUGUGGCCUGCAACUUUCAUACUUUCAGACUUUGGGAGGUAUCCUCCAAAUGUAGCCAAUGUGGAGAAAGACGUCAUUGCACCGUACAAUCAUGUAAUCAAAACCUUUGUAAAUGAUUCGUCUACUUUUGAGAGCCGUCCUACUUUGCUCUACUUCCAAGGAGCAAUAUACCGAAAAGAUGGUGGUUUUGCUCGGCAAGAGUUAUUCUAUCUUCUUAAAGAUGAAAAGGAUGUACAUUUUGCAUUUGGGACUGUUCAGAAAAAUGGAAUAAGAAAUGCUACGAAGGGAAUGCAUUCCUCCAAAUUCUGUCUUAACAUAGCCGGCGACACCCCAUCAUCGAAUCGCCUUUUUGAUGCUAUUGCUAGCCACUGUGUGCCUGUUAUCAUCAGUGAUGAUAUUGAACUCCCAUAUGAAGAUGUGCUUGACUACUCUGAGUUCUGCAUAUUUGUUCGUACAAGUGAUGCUGUUAAAAAGAACUAUCUUAUUAAGCUCAUAAGAAGCAUUGGUAGGGAUGAGUGGACGCGAAUGUGGAAGAGGUUACAGGAGGUUCAAAAUUUCUACGAGUUUCAGUACCCAUCAAAAGAGGGUGAUGCAGUUCAGAUGAUAUGGAAAGCAGUCGCUCGAAAGGUUCCUGGAAUAAGAUUGAAGUUACACAAGUCUAGACGGUACUCUCGUGCACCUAUCCAGAAUGAGAAGGGGUUAACAAGGAUACCAUCACCAAAAAACUUUUGGUAGAUAACCAACAUUCUUUGUGCCUCUGCAGCUUUUUUGACUCUUAACCAACACCGAAGACUAAAAUGAUCAAUUAACUUCCAUUUGUUACAAUACAACGAAAUCUAAAUGGCUAAAUUUAGUUUUACCCCUUUUGAGAUACACUUGGUCCUUCUACUAGGAAUAUGAAUUAGUUGGUAGCCAUAUUUUGUUUUCUAUAGAAAGUUGAAAGUUGAAUCUUUGUUGAAUUGUAAUUGAUUCCCUUUUACUGUGUAUAUUUUCUUGUAUGUCUGAUUUCAGAUAAAAGCAUGAUGUCAGAUAAAAGCAUGAGUCAUGUCUAAUUUUAAUUACA